AGGUCACAGGAACCGGCAAUAAAUAUGUGAGGAGCACGCAGCUGACGGUUAGGGCUUUAACGAAGAAACGAAGCCGGAGAAGAGGGCUCGAGCGGAUUACCUUAUCUAUACACGUACACAGCACCAAGAGUAUGGAUCGGUACCAGAAGGUGGAGAGACCAAGGGACGAGACGCGGAUUGAUGAAAAUGAGAUUAGGAUUACAAGCCAAGGCAGGAUGAGGAGCUAUAUUACUUAUGCCAUGGGUCUGCUACAGGAAAAAGGCUCGGAUGAUAUUGUGUUUAAGGCAAUGGGCAGAGCCAUCAAUAAAACCGUGACAAUUGUGGAGUUAAUUAAGAGGAGAAUUGUUGGUCUUCACCAAAUUACAUCAAUUCAAUCCACCGACAUAGUCGAUACAUGGGAACCCCUUGAAGAAGGCCUUCAAACCCUGGAAACAACAAGGAAAGUUUCAAUGGUCACAAUUACACUGUCAAGAAAGGAGCUGGAUAAGACAAACAUUGGCUACCAACCUCCCAUACCAGCUGACCAGGUGAAGGUGGCUGCAGAGCUUGACUAUGAUGGAGAGGGAUCACCUCCUGCACGUGGAAGAGGCCGAUUUGGUAGAGGGAGGGGGAGGCCCAGAGCUCCUUAUGGGAAUGGUUUUGCUUCUGCUGAGUAUGAGGAUGGUGGCUAUGAAAGGAACGGUGGUUAUCCCAGAGGUAGGGGUCGAGGUAGGGGUCGCAAUUUCCGUGGCCGUGGCAGGGGUGGAUACAAUUCCCCACAAUUUGAUUCUCAGUAUGAUGCUGGUGGCUAUGUACACGAGGCACCGCGAGGCCGUGGGCGUGGCAGGGGAGUUCGCGGUCGAGGUCGUGGGUUUAGAUCUAAUGGGAGGGUCCAAGCUGCUGCUUGAGUUGCUUAGGUGCACAAUGUUCAAAUUUGGGGUGUGGCUUGCUUAGCUUGUAUGAGAACAAUUCGCAAUAUUAUUAUGUUCUUUUAAUGAUGGAUAUCUGCCCCAAAUCUAUGUACUUUAUUUUCUUUGAGUCGACAGUAGAUUGAUUUUUAUUUAGGAUGUUCUCUUAGAUCCAUUAUUAUUCUAGACUAAGUUUGCAGGUGUGCUUGCAUGCAUGCCUUUUCUUUGUAAUCUUAACAUUCCCAUCAUAAUGUCUUUUUUCUUUUUUUACUCAAAUGUAACCUCUCUGUGAAAAGAGCAUAUUUGUUCAUUUCUAUGUCCAAUAAAGCUUCUUGUUAAUCUGUAA